AUGGCUGCCGGAAGGUUCCUGCUCUACACGGGCCUCUCGCUAGCGCUCUGCGCCCUGGGCAUGCUGGCCGUGGCCGUCUGCUCAGACCACUGGUACGAGACGGACGCCAGGAAGCACAGGGACAGGUGCAAGGCCUUCAACACGCGCCGGGUCGACCCUGGCUUCAUUUACAACAAUAACAACAACUUGCCGCUCCGCGCCAGCCGCUCGCGCCUGGACCGCUGGGAGGGCACACUCCUCCGGUCCCGGAAUCGCCGGCAGCUCUUCGCCAUGAGCCCCGCCGACGAGUGCAGCCGGCAGUACAACUCCACCAACACGGGCCUCUGGAGGAAGUGCCACCGACAGGGCUUCGACCCGGAGAUCGCAGCCCUGAUUCGGAAAGUAAGUCACUGCACUGGGGACAGAUCAAUGGCAGGAUCAGCUUCUGAAAUCCAAGAGACUUCCAGACCCUUAGGAGGACCAGCUACAGGAGAAAUUGAGAGAUGCACGUACAUCAAAUACCACUACUCCUCAGCCACCAUCCCCAGGAACCUCACCUUCAACAUCACGAAGACCAUCCGCCAGGAUGAGUGGCACGCCCUGCACCUGCGUAGGAUGACAGCCGGCUUCAUGGGCAUGGCGGUGGCCAUCAUCCUCUUCGGCUGGAUCAUCGGCGUGCUGGGCUGCUGCUGGGACCGAGGCCUCAUGCAGUACGUGGCAGGGCUUCUCUUCCUCAUGGGAGGAACUUUCUGCAUCAUUUCACUGUGCACCUGUGUGGCCGGAAUCAACUUUGAGCUGUCACGCUACCCACGCUACCUGUAUGGACUCCCCGACGACAUCAGCCAUGGCUACGGAUGGUCCAUGUUCUGUGCUUGGGGGGGCCUGGGCCUCACGCUAAUCUCGGGAUUCUUCUGUACCUUGGCCCCUUCUGUCCAACCUGUCCCGAGGACCAACUGCCCCAAAUCCAGACCCGAGAAUGGGACAGUGUGCUAA